GUCCGUUUUGGUUGUGUGGCGUCAUUUCCUUUCCGUCUGCGCUAAACUCCCAGUGAACACGCGCUCGCCUUUCUUGCUCAAAAUGCGUUACGUUGCUGCUUACCUACUAUCUGCCCUUGGUGGCAAUGAUAAUCCAGAUGCUAAACACAUCAAGAAGAUCCUGGAAAGUGUUGGUAUUGAGGCUGACGACACUCGUUUAGAGAAGGUCCUGUCUGAGCUCAAAGGCAAGAAAGUGAAUGACGUGAUUGCUGCUGGUAUGGGAAAACUGGCCAGCAUGCCGGCUGGCGGUGCUGUAGCAGUUGCCAGUUCUGCAGCUGUUAGCUCAGGAAGAGCAGCUGCCCCUGCUGCAGCUGAAGAAAAGAAGGAAGAGAAGAAGGAAGAGUCUGAAGAAUCUGAUGAUGACAUGGGUUUCGGUCUUUUUGACUAAGCUCUUUGUAUGGAAUAAAACAUUUGUUUAAAAAAAUUUCUUAUAGUAGUGUAGAAGUGCAUCUCAAAAAGAUCCUUGCAUAAAAUGUGUUGCUUAAAAUUGUACUGCACUAAGUGUGCAAACUCCACUGCUGCAAUAUAGUUAACAAUCGUUAAGGAUAAUUUAUUAGCUUGGUAGGGCUGUUCAAUGGUUCUCUCAUUUAAACCAUCUGCUGUCAAAAUUGUGGG